GUUGGCGCUGCCAGCCCAGCCGGUGCGGCGGCCCACUUUUGGUCGCGAGCGGUGCGCUGACCCGCAUCCGCGUAGUGUCGCCGCAGCGACGAGCUGGCUACUGCGACGCUCGUGCCGCUCCGUCGCGGCUUGCUUUGCCGAGCAUGUCCCGCGGCACGAGACCCCGCUGGAUGGGCCGUCGCGCCCUCACCCUGGCCCUGGCCUUCGUCCUCUGCGGCUGCGGACAGGCCGGCUUGUCGACCGCUCCUGCGAAGUCACCGCCUGCGUUGUCGUCUGCUCCGACUGCGCAAGCGAAGACGGUGAUGUACUACGACGGCAAAACGAUCGCCAGAGUGGAGUACGGCGCCGACGGAGUCACCCUGCAGACCUGUCGACUGUUUGAGCUCGACGAUGAGCGUGAGGCCGAGCCAAUCAUCAAAGCGCAGGGCCUGCCCGUGCAGCAGGUGGACUUCACGGCCAUGCUGAACCUGAUCUCGAAGUGCCGGGACCUGCGUGACUGGUCCGCCAGCACCAACAGCACUCCGCAGUGGAGCGCCUCGAGCCUCUGGAGCGGCAUCAUACCAGGCACCAAGUGGUGCGGCCUGGGGGACAUCGCGUCUUCGUACGAAGAUCUGGGCACCCACGUGACUGUUGACGUGUGCUGCCGCGCGCACGACCACUGCCCGGUCAAGCUCAAAGCCUUCCGCACAGGAUACGACCUGGUCAACUUUUCCUUGUACACAAAAUCGCACUGUGACUGCGACCGCGACUUCUACAACUGUCUGCGGCGGGCAAAGAGCCACAUAGCGGACACCAUCGGCAACGUGUACUUCAACGUCAUCAAGGUGCCCUGCAUCCGGAAAGUGCGCAAGCCUGUCUGCACUGAUAGGGGUCGCAGGUACAGCCGCAGCGAGAGCAGCUGCGAAACCUGGGCCUAUCAGGAGCUGGGCAUGCAGUUUGUGCCCACCGAGCGCCACUACGACUGAGCCCUCUGCGGCAGUCAAGACCGGAGCAUCACUGCCGAGUUCUCAGCGAUCUAAUCCGCCAGUGGAAGCCGCCAAAAUUGUGUAAAUAAACAAGAA